GGAUUUCAAGCGAUAUCUUUAUUCAGGAGUCGAGCGAAGGACACCGUCUAUUAUAAUAUCAGCGUGUCAAAAAACGCUGCCACGGCGACGCCAUUCGACAUUCCUCGCUGCACGGGAGGAGAGGCCCCUCCCCCCCUUCCGCGCCUCGUCUGCUCCCAAAGGGAUGCUUCCGGUCAUAAAACUUCCGGUCUGACAUCGCAGCGCCACCCUCCGUCAAAAACCCGUGUCACAUUCGCGGCGGAACAAGCGGCAAGAAGCAAGAAAACAAAAAGGAAAAAAGCGAAGAAAGCCCAGAAAUGUUUGGCCGCGCAACGGCGAGCGGACAAGUCGUUGUCUGGCCGAUGUUGUGUCACCGUAAUGGGCCAUGUCGUUCCCGUUCGUUAGGCCCCUAAUUCGUGUCGAAUGCACACAUCGAGCACCGCUUUUCGAAGGCCUCUGACCGGGCAGCUACUCCCAGGUAGUACGACCGCGGCGGUCGCCGACGGAGCGGCAAAACGCGGCCGACGACGCUCGCUCUUCGCCGAACCGACUCGCGGGCAUGGUGGCCACGGCGGCGGACUUGCAACGGCGUUCCCGAAGAUUAGCGAGGUAGGGAAUCCAUCUUUGCUCCGUUGUGUGCCACGACGGACGGCGGCGGUCGCGGUGAGCCGACCGCGCGACUCGCCGUUCGCCCUGCGUCGCCCCGUCGCCGACGACAACGUCUAUGACGAGACCUCGCCGCUGGACGUGCGCCGACGACGUAUCGCUCAGCGGGGCGCCCAUACCUGCCGUCGCCGUCUCGCUCCCGUGAACGAUUCGGGGGACGUCGUCCGCCGCGAUCGCCGCUACCACGUGUCCCAGCAGCGAGGAGACGACAAAGAAAACCGCAGCCCCAGCGCCUCGGGAGAGCCAGCGGUCGCAGUGCCGGCGAUGUACGCACACAACGGUUCGGCGGCGGCGUCACCGCACGACCUCAGCGCGGAUCCACAGGUUACCCCCGAGAAGACGGCGCCCAUGAAGCGUCGCAAGAGCGACGACGGCGAACGUUCCAAGAAGCCCAAGCUCGAGACGCAGCGCGGCUGCGAGUCGGACAGCGGGCUGGCUCCGCCGCCGCCGCUCGCACCCCACCAUCACCACCACCACCACAGAAAGCCUGCGACUGCAGUGGCGGCGGCGGCGACGCCGCCGGGCCCCCGGCCGGCCGAAGACGUCGAGCAGCGGAGCGCCAGCAACGGCAACAGCGUUCACGGCGUGUGUACCCUCAAGGAGGGAUCGCUCAAGCUCAAGAUCUCGCUGCACAGGCCGCUGGCUACCCCUGAUGGAGAUUGCUUAUCGCCGGCGAAGCUACCGCACGACGCCGAUAGCGGGCUUCCGAACGACAGCCCGCAAUCUGGAGCGAUGCACGCCUCCAACGCCCCCCCGUCGCUGCCGGCGCAACUAGAGCACGCCUCCAAGUACUCUGGUGUCCCCAACGCGCGCGAGAGUGGUGUCAGUCACCUCGACGAGCAGCUACGACCGGAGCCCGAGGACCCUGCACGCGAUGUGCGAGUGAGCGACUCGUUUCUGGGAAGCAGCGACGGCCCCCUGCAGUCGACAACGCGGGUCAGUGGAAGUCGGCCGAGGAAGAACCUCUCUCCCGGCCACUACGUCCCGUACACCGUUCCGCAGAACAGGAAGAGACUCAUCCAGGACACCUCCAAGCUGAAGAAGAGGGCUAGCAACCUCGACCCGGCGGCAACAGACAGGACCAAACCCCAGCAGACGUUCCGCCACACGCAGGUCGGGCAGAACGGAGGCGUGGUGCACCAUAGCUCCAUCCUGGACCACCCGAGCGUCCACUCGAGGAUGUUUGCGGACGGUCCACGUGCCACCGAGGCUUCCAGGAGUAGUCCCUUGGUUGCUCGACUGGCGGCCCCCAAUGCAGCAGCCAAGGGUUCCACGUGGAAGCAGCCGGCAAAAGGCAAGGCCAACAACAGUACGGUGUCCCCCGAAGAAUACCAGCCGCUGGAUCUCUCCAAGCCGGUCGCCAAGAACGUUAACCUCGCGGCUGCAUUGGCCAGGCCCGUUCGAGAGGCCGCGGCGAAGACUCGGGAGCACCGCUACAUUCCGCCAAUUGGUGUGUUCUACAUGAAGCCUCGGAGUAGACAGAGACUGGACGGAGUCAUUCAGAAGUUGUGGGCAACGAGAAAUGGUCCGGACAAACCACGUUGAACGGUGUCCCUGGUAGUUUCGUUGUGGGACAGUGUUUCAUUUUUUUUUCUUCGCUCCAGUAACAGUUUACAAACUCGGGUUGCAGUUGCGAGUGUAUGUUUGUAGUUGUGUGAACACAGCAAACAGUUGGAUUUUUUUUUCUUCUUACAUUAAAGGACAUUGGUACAACGUUA